UGGCCCGUAUAGAUUCUGAAAUGGAACUAGUUCCUUCUUUCUCUCACACAUAGCACGCAACCCAUUCUACAGAGCUCCAGAGAAGAAGCAAGUGAAUCCAGGGGGAAGAACCGAGUGGCGACCACCGGUGGUCACCCACGAAGACGAAACCCAUGGCGCCGGCGGCGAGCCACUGACGACGACGACCCAGCAUCGAUAAAGCUAACCCAUACGGCGGCGGAAACCCACGACGGCUUUGGUCCACCACGGCAGCGACUCUCUCUGUUUGUUCCAGCUUCGGCCUCAUCUGUUUUGUUCAAAAUAUAAGAUUAUUCUAUCUGCUGCUCUGGGGUUUUAGAGCAUAGGAGAGAUGGGAGCGAAAGGAAAGAGAAGGAGAGAGAAGAACUACAGGAUUGCUCAUGGUGGCUACAACGGCCUCCCUCCGCCACCCAAACCUUCUCAGCUCGAUGCUUUACCUUCCAAACUCCGGCAAAUCAUGUCUUUCUCUCAACGCCCAAAUGGGGCUAAUGGGUCGUCGAAGAACCAGAAUAACGAUGAGGGGCAUGUCCAAAAUAAGACUAUUUCAAAGGACAAAGGUGAUGUUCGAACCAAAGAUGUGAAAGAGGGGAAUACUAAUGGACAAUUGAAGGAGCUUCAACAGAUGGAUAGGAGUGAAGAACAACUUGUGGAAAGUGGUGCAGUUGACAAGAAAAAGAAAAAAAGAAAGAGGAAGGAGGUUAAAGAUUUGAGGUUUGAAAUGGAAGUGGAUAAAACAAGCUCCCAGUUAAAAAGAAAGGAGCGUAAGAAAAAGUACUUGGAAGCAAAGAAGAAGAAGCGCAAAAGUUCUCAUGAAGAAGAAAUGGACUUUCCUGGACAUGAAAAAAUAGAAUUUGGAGAUAUUGUGCAAGCCCCACCAAAGUUAUCUGUUCCUCCAAGGGCAUUCAAGAAUGCUUCCCAAGAGAGACUUAGACUCCAGGCUAUAGAAGAGUACAGGAGUCGUAAAGGAUGGACAUCAAGGCCAGGAAAUCACCUUCUUCCUCCUGUCACUACGUUGGAUUCUUAAAUCACUGUCAUGUUCUUCCAUCUUGUCUGCCAUGCAGAGUAGUAGUACAAAUUACUUGAACAGAGAAAAGAAAUCAACAUGGUUUCUCUGUUUUUUUCUUGGAGGUUGGUUUAUCUUCAUCCAGGGGCAAUUCAUGUUUUUUAUUUCUGAUGACACAUUUUUACAUGUGUUGAGGUUAUUUUACACUGUAAUCCUGGAAAUCCAAUUACUAAGCUAAUUGGUUAGCUAAAUUUUGUUAGAAUAUAAGCAAGAUAUCAACUCAAACUUCUGUUGCUUUUUAGAUUAUGUAUCUAAAUUCAUGUUAUUGUUUUUACCAUGGAUCAAUACCACCACAAAAGUGAAUUUA